GGAAGAAAGUAGAAAAUUAAUAAUCUCCGUCGACGAGAUCUACCGUCAGGAUCUGAGAUUUGUUAACACUCUCCGGCGACAAUGAGUUCUCCGGUAGCGAGUAUGUUCACAAAUUUCACAAAGCUCUGCAAAGGACUUGCUCUUGUGCUUGUGGUGGGACACCUCUUGGUUCAGUUCGUUCCCGCCACCGUCCCUUACCUUGCUCUCGUUCCCGCCAGGACUAUUCCUUUUGGUUGGAUUCUGAUUACAAGUGGCUAUUUUGAACUCUCUGUGUAUGGGGUUGUCAUCAGCACUGUUUCUCUCCUCUUUAUGGGGAAGUUUCUGGAGCCUGUUUGGGGUUCCAAGGAGUUUUUCAAGUUCGUCUUCGUCGUGAACUUUCUUACGUAUCUCUGUGUUUUCGUGACAGCCAUUGCUUUAUACUACAUUACCAGGCUAGAAAUCUACCUAUAUAUGCCCUUUGCAGGUUUUCAUGGUGUCUUGGCGGGUCUUCUUGUCGGGAUAAAACAGAUAAUACCUGACCAGGAGGUGUUGUUCUUAAAGAUAAAAGCAAAGUGGUUGCCCUCUAUUACGCUAGUUUUGUCAAUAGCCUCAAGCUUCUUCACAAUAAAUUCAGCAGCGUAUCUUCCCACUUUGAUAUUUGGUACAUAUAUGGGAUGGUUAUACCUCCGAUACUUCCAGAGGAGGCCAGAAACUAAGCUCAGAGGUGAUCCCAGUGAUGACUUUGCCUUCUCUACUUUCUUUCCUGAAUUUCUCAGACCGGUAAUUGACCCUAUAGCCUCAAUCUUUCAUCGGAUGCUUUGUGGACGAUCAAAUGCCACCAGCGAUGACCAUGGUUAUACCACCAGCGGUGCUCCUUUACCAGGUUCUGACUCCGUUGAAGCUUCUAGAAGGAGAGAAAGAGGAGCAAGGGCUCUAGAGGAGAGACUUGCAACGGAAAGGGUGGUUCCUCCAAGAAACAAAGAUGAGUCGCAGAGUGAUGCUCUGGAUAACGUUUAAGUGGAGACUGCUAACUAGCGAUGUGUGGGGUUUCUUGUUUCAGGUGGCCAGUGUUUUUUUUUUCUAAAUGAAAUUGGCUUUAUAUCAAUCAGCUUCUCCGUAAAUUACCUAUGACAGCUCGGAAAAUUAGUGCAUUCCCUUGGAUAAACAAACCAGUUAGAACAAACAAGUUCCAAUGGUAGAGAAUAUAAAAGUUAGACUUCACCUCUAUAAACUUCUCAAAGUCAAAACUCUUUCAUGUCUGAUAUGAUUUUUUGUUUUAUUUUUGGACGUCUCUCUAAUCUAUUGUUAUCAGUCUAAUCAUAUAUCUAUUACUUGUAAGUGAAUGAUUUGAAGAAAUUAUAAGAUUUAG